AAAAAAUUAUCUUCGAAUGGAAUGAUAAAUGACAAUUUUUAUAGAUGUAAAUAGAUGUCAAAUAGAGAUCUUGAAUAUAUAAUCGAAUUUUAUAAAAAUCGAGAACUCUUAGAAUUAAAUACUAGUUUAUAUAUGUAUAUUAAAUAAUUACAUAAUUUAACAGUUUUGAGACAAUUUUAUGGGAUUAUGUUUAUAGUACAUAAUACAGUGAAAUAAUACAAUGAUGCCGAAAUUGUUCGUCAUUUGAGUUUUACAUAACUACGCAUGGUCGAGCGUCGAGCGUGAUUGAUUAUCGGCGGUCAUGUGAAAACUUGACGCGACCUCAUUCAUACUCUUUUACGUCGCGAAACAAACUCAAUUGUCGCAAUAUCCUUUAGCGAUCGCAUGUUCAUUUCCAAUUUGAUUUGCUGUCAUUAAUCAAUCAGUAAUAUUUAAAAAUGUUGGAGGGAGUAAAGCACGUGCUAUUAGUGCUUUCGGGAAAAGGAGGCGUCGGUAAAUCAACAAUAAGCACUCAGCUGGCACUUGCUUUGAAAGAAUCAGGUUUUCGAGUUGGGAUCUUGGAUGUCGAUCUCUGUGGCCCCAGUGUGCCUUACUUACUGAACUUAGAAGAGAAAGAUGUUCACCAAUCCUCCGAGGGAUGGAUACCAGUGUUUGCAGAUUCAGAACAGAAACUGUCAGUUAUGUCAAUUGGCUUUCUCUUGAAAAGUCAAAAUGAUAGUGUUAUCUGGCGUGGUCCUAAAAAGACUGGUAUGAUUAAGCAGUUUCUAAAUGAUGUAGUUUGGCGGGAUAUUGAUUACUUGAUCAUUGAUACACCACCUGGCACUUCUGAUGAACACAUUACAGUCAUGGAGAGUCUAAGAAAUGUAAAUUGCGAUGGUGCUAUUAUAGUAACUACUCCACAAGCAGUUGCAGUGGAUGACGUUCUGCGAGAAAUAACAUUUUGUAGAAAAACAGGAAUUCAUAUAAUUGGCAUCAUUGAAAAUAUGAGUGGCUUUGUUUGUCCUUCGUGUACAGAAUGUACCAAUAUAUUUUCUUCUGGUGGUGGAAUAGCUCUUUCAGAGAUGGUAAAGGUUCCAUUUUUGGCAAAGGUACCUAUAGAUCCACAAGUCGGCAAGUUAGCAGACAAGGGACAAAGUGUCCUGGUGACAUUACCUGAUAGUCAAGUUGCACAGGUGUUUCGAAAGUUAGUCGAAGAACUCACCAAAAGUAAGGAAGCAUAAAAAUAAAAAGUUUGCCAGCAAUGUGUGAUUUUUAGCAUCACAUGUAUAAUACUUGCUUGUGAUAUUAUUAUUUUUAUAAUGGACAAAUUGAUUUACAGGAAACUGUAUAUAUAUAUAAAUAUCUAAAAUAUAUCUGUUUUUAUAUUAUAAUGUAUAACUGCAAAAAAACAAAAAAUAAAUAAUGGUAUUAUUUUCA